CAGAGGAGGGCGAGAGAGAGGAGCUGUUAGAGCGCUGUAGAGAGUGAACAGGCCUCUGGAUUGGUGACUGCUUCGUUACCAUGUCAGCCGUCAUGGCCAGAUGUCUGGGUCUCCUCGCUCUGGCUCUGCAUACUUUGGCACAGGAUCUGCCAACAGGCCCACAUGGCUGCACAGAUGGAAGCUGUUAUCCAGCUACAGGGAACCUGCUCAUUGGACGAGCUGCUAACUUGACCAGCACUUCCACCUGUGGCUUAGAAGCACCUGAGCAAUACUGCAUUGUUAGCCACCUGCAGCAGUCAGAUAAGUGCUUCACAUGUGAUUCCCGAAGACCCUAUGAUUCCUACCGCCACAGAAGCAGCCAUCGCGUGGAGAACGUCAUCUACCUGAGAGAUAGUACAGGAGCCCUUACAUGGUGGCAGUCUAUUAAUGGAGAGGAGAGUGUUAGCAUCAGACUGAAUCUGGAGACAGAGUUCCACUUCACUCACCUCAUCAUGAAGUUUAAGACAUUUAGGCCAGCAGGCAUGUUGAUCGAGCGCUCGGUGGAUUUCGGACGCUCAUGGAGGCCGUACCGCUAUUUUGCCUACAACUGCACCAGGACCUUUCCUGGAGUCUCCACCCUGCCUCUGAGAUUCAUCGAUGAUGUGAUCUGUGAGGAGCGGUAUUCUGACAUUGAGCCAUCAACGGAGGGAGAGGUCAUUUUCAAAGUGCUUGAUCCUGCAAUCCCUGUCAGUAAUCCUUAUAGUGCUAAUGUUCAAGACCUGCUAAGAAUCACUAACCUGAGGAUUAACUUCACCAAAAUCCACACUCUGGGUGAUAACCUGUUGGAUCGUCGGCCUGAUGUACUGCAGAAGUAUUAUUACUCAGUGUAUGAGCUGGUGGUGCGUGGAAGCUGCUUCUGCUAUGGUCAUGCCUCUGAGUGCACCCCAGUCCCAGGAGUUCAUACCCAGGACUAUGGCAUGAUUCACGGACACUGUGUGUGUAAGCAUAACACAAUGGGCCUGAACUGUGAGCGCUGCAAAGAUUUCUAUCAGGAUCUGCCCUGGAGUCCAGCUGAGGCAAAUAACCCGCACACUUGCAGAUCGUGCAACUGUAACGGCCACUCCCACAAGUGUCACUUUGAUAUGGCGGUGUAUUUGGCCACGGGGAACAUCAGUGGAGGUGUGUGUGACAACUGCCACCACAACACCAUGGGCCGCAACUGCGAAACCUGCAAACCCUUCUUCUACCAGGACCCAGGCAGAGAUAUCCGAGACCCCCACAUCUGUGUUCGUUGUGACUGUGAUUCAGUCGGUUCUUUGGAUGGAGGGAGGUGUGACAGUCAUACUGAUUUGAACUUCGGAAUGAUUUCUGGCCAGUGUCGCUGUAAGCCCAACGUCCAGGGUCAGCGAUGUGACCACUGCAAAAAGGGGCAUUAUGGUCUCAGUGAGAUUGACCCUCUUGGGUGUCAACCAUGUAACUGUGAUCCACGUGGGACAAACGUGAUGGGACCGCCAUGCGAUCAUAUCACUGGGGUCUGUUCUUGCAAGAGACAUGUGACAGGUCGCUACUGUAACGAGUGCAUACCAGAGCACUGGGGACUCAGUAACGACCUUGUAGGCUGCAGAGCUUGUGACUGUGACUUUGGUGGAUCAUUCAGCAAAGGGUGCAGAAUGGACAACGGUCAGUGUGAUUGUCGGCCUCACCUCAUUGGCCGUCAGUGCGCAGACGUGGAGCCUGGGUAUUUCUGUGCCGCUCUCGAUUACUACAAAUAUGAAGCUGAAAGUGCAGUGGGCCGCUCUCCUGAUGCCUCUGAUCUGCCUGGGACGCCUCGCCCUUUGGCUGUAAAUGAAUGUGCACAGCAUCUGAGUAACCAGUUGAGAAGACUCAAACGCCAUCGGCACAUCACCCAGCAGCAAAGGGCAGCUCUGAGACGAAUCCGGCAGCUUCAGCAGGCCCCGGAUGUGACCAUUGUACAAAGAGAGAGAAACAGAGAGCAGAUGGUCACCUGGACCGGACCUGGUUUUGCUCGGGUUAAAGACGGUGCUGGACUUGUGUUUACCAUCGAAAACAUUCCAUAUGCCAUGGAGUAUGACAUCAUGAUUCGCUAUGAACCAGAGUCGACAGAGGACUGGGAGGCCAUUGUGAGUGUCACAUCCAUGUUUUUGUCCUCCAGUACUCGCUGCGGGAAUCUGCUCCCUACUGAGCAGCUUUACACUGUCACACUGUUACACAACAAGAGGCACGUCCUCAUGCCCCAGCCAUUCUGCUUCGAGCCCAGCAACCGCUACGUGGUGGCCAUCCGCUUUCAGCGCCAUGCCGUCUCUCACAGACACCUCACUGCCCACAUCCUCGCUGACUCGCUUGUAUUAAUCCCUCGUUAUGACGAGCUGCCGGGGUUCAUGGGUAACGAUCCCCAGGCUUUGCAGCGGCGAGAGGAAAUGGCGCGCUACAUGUGUCUGGACUCCUUCAUGGCUACUCCAAUGCCAAUCCUGGCCGAGAUGUGUAUCAAAUUGAUCUGCAGCAUCUCUUCCCUAAUGCAUAACGGAGCACUACCUUGUCACUGUGAUCCUCAGGGUUCACUGAGUGCCGAGUGUAGAAAGAUCGGAGGUCAGUGUCAGUGUAAACCCAAUGUAAUUGGUCGUGAUUGUAACCAGUGUGCACCGAGAACAUAUGGAUUCGGACCCUAUGGUUGCACUGCCUGUGACUGCCAUUCUGAUGGCUCUGAUGCUCGGCAGUGUGACCCAGUUACAGGCCAGUGCCCCUGCAAGCCCGGAGCAUUUGGACGACAGUGCUCUGAAUGCCAACCUGGUCACUGGGGCUUCCCUAAUUGCAGGCCGUGCCAGUGUAAUGGACACUCAGAGACUUGUGAACCACACACUGGCGCAUGCCUUGGGUGUAGAGAUGACACAGCAGGCCCUCUGUGUGAGAUGUGCACAAAUGGGUAUUACGGUAAUCCAGUGUUGGGUUCAGGAGAUCACUGCCACCCAUGUCCGUGCCCAGGUAACCCAGGCAGUGGGCAUUCAAAUGCCAAUAGCUGCCACAUGCAAAUGUCCAACAACCAGAUCAUCUGCGACUGUAAGCCAGGAUACACAGGACACCGCUGUGACCGCUGUGCUCCGGGUUACUUUGGCCACCCAGAGGAAGAAGGUGGGGAGUGCCGGAGAUGUGAGUGUAACGGGAACAUUGAUCCCGAAGACCCUGAGUCAUGUGAUCCCCACAAUGGCCAGUGCUUGAAGUGUUUGUACAACACUGAUGGGCCGUCUUGCUCCGAGUGCCAGCCUGGCUUUUAUGGCAAUGCCCUGGACAGGAACUGUAGGCGCUGUACCUGUAUGAGACUGGGGACAGACCAGGAUUACUGCAGUGAGGAAGUAUGUUACUGUGACAAACAGACCGGCGCAUGUCCCUGCAGGCCCAACGUUGUUAACCAUAACUGUGACCAGUGUGCUGCCAACCACUGGAACAUGGGCAUGGACGAUGGCUGUGAAGCUUGUGAAUGCCAUCCACAGAACAGCUAUAGCCCUCACUGCAACUUGUUUACUGGAGAUUGUAACUGCCGGCCCGGUUUUGGAGGCAAGCGGUGCACGGAGUGCGAGGCGUUCCACUGGGGUGAUCCAGCAGUGCAGUGUGAGGAGUGUAAUUGUCACAUGCAGGGAUCAAUUACAAGUCAAUGCGACCGAAUCACAGGGGCGUGUGAUUGCAAAGAGUGGGCAGCAGGACAACACUGUAACAUGUGUGCCCGUGGUUUUACUGGGCAUUUCCCCAAAUGUGUCGCCUGCCACCCCUGCUUCCAGCUUUGGGAUGACAUUGUGUGCCAAGUCAAAAACGAGAUGAAUAAAAUACGCUUCAUUAUAACCAAAAUCCUGGAGAUGGGUGAGGUGCCCGGAGUUGCCGACACCCGCAUCCAUGAGCUGGAGAUGAAGCUCGCUGAGAUCCAAAGGCUGCUCCAGGAAGGAGAAAGUGACAAGAUAUAUCCACUGAUCAACCAAGCCAUUGAUGACUUGAGAGCUGAGAUAGCUGUCACUGACGGACGUUUGAUGAGUGCGGAAAGAGAACUGAAUGUAACAACAGAGCGUAACAACAUCCUAAAACACAAUUUGACAUCACUUGAGCGAGAGUUCCAUGAUCUGAACAACACCAUUAUACAUUGGCGCAGACAGCUGGAGAACUAUAUCAGUGGUGGAAUAUCAGAUGUGUAUAACAAAGUGCGGAAAUACUACCAAGAGUCUCUGGACGCUGAGCAGAGAUGCAAUGCUUCUGUUUUUGGUGCCCAGAGUCCUGUGGAACAGUCAAAACACACACGCAACAUAACAGAGGCCAUAAUGGACCAGAUGAAGGACAAGUUUAUGCGCAAUAUCACUGCUCAGAAAAAGUCCCUAUCUGAGCUUCAAAAGAAAGCAGAUGACAUGGAGGAAAAGUUGCACCAUCUGAGCCAAAAGGUGUGUGGCAGCAGUGGCAGUGUGAGCGCUGAUGCUUCAUGUCCAGAUGCCCCUUGUGGAGGUGUCGGUUGUGUGGACAGUAACAAUACACUGGUGUGUGGAGGGCCAAACUGCAACGGAACUAUUGGCGAAUCGAUCAGAGCGUUUAAGAAAGCUGAAGAUCUCAGCAAAAACCUGACAGCUGUCAGCGAGGACCUUAUGAACGUGGCCACAAAGCUCCAGGACAUUGCCACACUUACUGAGAUUGUGAAGGCUCAGGCGAUGAACACUCUGGACAAGGCCCGCAAGAAGAAAGAGCUCUUUGAAACUUCCAAUAAGAAACUGAAAGAUUUCAUCCAAAAGAUCCGAGACUUUUUAACUGAGGAGGGAGCAGAUCCAGAGAGCAUAGAGAUAGUGGCACAGCAGGUUUUGGCCAUCACACUGCCAGUCAAUCGGACACUAGUGGACAGCAUAAUCCUGGAGAUAAAAGAGAGCCUUACCAACCUCAGUGAUGUAGAUAAAGUUUUCAACUACUCCGCUGAACAGCUGGCCAAAGCAAAGGAGCUGCUUGAUAGAGCCAACAAUGAACAGGCAAAAGCAGAGAAGAUAACUGAUGUCAUUAAUAAGACUAAAGAAGCCAUGGACACCACUCAGGCAGCCAUAGACAAGGCAAGGAGUGCAAUAGAGAAAGCCUUGGAAAACCUCAAUCGCACAAAAAUUGCUACAGCAAUGGUGGAAGGGAAGCUCUCGAAUGUAGAAACCAACCUCAUGGAUAUGAUGAUGCGUUUGGCUAAUUUAUCACAAGAAGUGGAUUUAUUGAAAGAUAAAACUAAACAAAACAGAGAGCAGGCAGAGAAAGCCAAGGCGCUAUCAGACAAUGCCACUGAUGCUGCCUCUGAACUAAAAAAGGAUUUGUCAACUGUUGAGAGUCACUAUAAGGAACUAACAGAUAAGAUUGAUUCUUUGGGACCAACGGCAGCAGGCAAUAUUACCCAGAAAGCCCUGGGCAUAAAGAAUGAGGCCGAGGAUCUUCUCAAGAAGGCCAACAAGGACAUGGAAACACUUAAAAGGUUGGAGCGAAAACUGCAGAAGAAUGAGCAGAAAAUGCAACAGCAGCUGGAAGAGCUUGCAAUGCUAAAAAAGAACGCUACAGACAUCAAUGCUUCAAUCAGAGACAAAGUCAAUGGUUAUAAUAACUGUCAGUAAUGACAAAAUCAACUAAUCCUGAACAUUAAUAUUUGUUUAGUCUGCCACUUUAACUCAGGACUUUUGUCAUUACCAGUCAAAUGUAUUGUGUUUUUAAUUAAAAGGAGAGACUACUUCCCAACUCCAUCCCAACUGUCAACAAAAAUGGAUAGAGCAGCUGAUAACAAAUGAGCUUGCAUAAUUGUUUGACUAAAGAAAUUUGCAAAUUUGACUUUAUGUAAAUGAGAGAUUUUUAAAUGAAUCCUUUUUUUUAAUUACUUUCAUUUAAAAGAAAGCAAAACUAUCACCUUGCCAAAAUAAUAUGAAAUCAAAUGUUAUAUUAUAAUGUGUUACAAGUACUUUUUAUACAUAUGGUGCUUAAGUCGUCUUUAUUAUGACAGAAAGUUUUCUAUUUCUAGGGCAUUUAGAAAAGAAAAAAUGGUUGGAUUUUAUAAUAAAGUAAGUGAAUUUGAUGUAAUAUGUUUAUAUAAUAUUUGGAAUUAAAAGCAAGUAAUUCUUUCAA